AUGGGAACUAAAAAUACAACAGAGCUAAAAGAGUUUGUUCUCAUGGGACUUACAUAUCAACCAGAGUGGCAAAUUCCUUUGUUCCUGGUAUUCCUAGUUAUAUAUCUCAUCACCAUUGUGGCAAACCUUGGUCUGAUUUCUCUCAUAUGCAAUGAGCCUCAGCUUCACAUCCCCAUGUACUUUUUCCUUGGGAAUCUGGCAUUUGUGGAUGUUUGGAUAUCAUCCAUGGUGACCCCCAAGAUGUUGGUCAACUUCUUUGCCAAGGGCAAGAUGAUCUCUCUCUCUGAAUGCAUGAUACAAUUUUUUUCCUUUGUAAUGAGUGCCACCACAGAAUGUUUUCUGCUGGCAACAAUGGCAUAUGAUCGAUAUGUGGCCAUCUGCAAGCCUUUACUUUAUCCAGUAAUUAUGACCAGUAGACUAUCCAUGCAGCUAUUAGUUUCAUCAUUUGUAGGUGGACUUCUUCAUGCCAUAAUUCAUACAGGCUUUUUAUUCAGAUUAACGUUCUGUAAUUCUAACAUAAUACAUCACUUUUACUGUGACAUCAUGCCAUUAUUUAAAAUUUCUUGUACUGAUCCUUCUAUUAAUGUUCUGAUAGUAUUUAUUUUUUCUGGAUCAAUUCAGAUGUUCACCAUUCUGACUGUUCUUGUCUCUUACACAUCAGUUCUCUUUACAAUCUUAAAAAAGAAGUCUCUACAAGACAUAAGGAAAGCCUUCUCCACCUGUGGAACCCAUCUCUUAUCUGUCUCUUUGUACUAUGGUCCUCUUCUCUUCAUGUAUGUGCGCCCUGUAUCUGCACAAGCAGAUGAUCAAGAUAUGAUGGACUCUCUAUUUUACACUGUCAUAAUUCCUGUGUUAAAUCCAAUUAUCUAUAGCUUGAGAAAUAAGAAAGUCAUAGAUUCACUGAGAAAAAUGUUAAAGAGGAAAGCUUUGAUCUCAUACUAA